GACCCAGUUCAAAGCUACAAAAGAUCUAGCAUGCAGAGGCUGCAGGUCGCAUACAAUGAGGCUAUGCGCAUUCUUUUCAAAAAACAAGAAAGAAAUAUAAAGCACUUUUAAGAAAUUGAAUGUUUAAAUUCAUGCAACGACUGGAAGAAUCUGGGAAUGGUAUCAUAAUGGUACUUAAUAAUACUAAGUCCCACUUUGAGCUGUACUUGAGCUGUACUCGCUGUACCUCCAGUCUGAGGGUGCACUGGCUGAAUUUUUUGUGUAUAAUCUGAUUUUUAUUUUUAUGUUUUUUUCAGGCAACACCGGGGUCCUCUGUGGGAAAGUUACAGUUCUGGAUGUUCUUUCUGGGGACACUAUCUGUCUUUUUCACAGCUUUUGCACGUCACAUUUCAGUGUAGAUAAUGCAUGCACUCAUAUUUAUUGUAUACAUAUAGAACAUGUACUUCUUCCUUGAUUACGGAUAGAUGGUUGCACGUGUGCAUACAGGAAUAAUCCCAGUGUAAGCACAUGUGUCUUUUUACCAGUAUCAUUGUUUUCUAAGAACAUGUAUACUAUAUAUGCAGAUUGUAGCAUUUUCUUACUGCCUUGCUUUUUUAAUGCUGACAUGUCACACCAAAUUUCCCCUGUGGGGGAGUUAAUAACAAUAAAUAUUAUCUUUCUUGUUACCAUUCAUGCUGCAGCCUAAUUCGACUCUACUACCUCAAAGGUGGAAAUAUCAGCGCUUUUAAAUCCACAACUGGCUGCUUUAGAUAGCUGUUUGUAGAUUCACUUACAUAUGAUUAAAAAAUAAUAAUAAUAAAAUAACACUAUGUAUAACAAAAAAUGUUCAUUGCAUUACACACAUACACAUUACAGAAAGCACUGUCUUAUCCAUGCCCCUCUGUUGAUUGUUUAGUGUUUAUUGUUCUUUGUUAGAUUAAUUGCAGGUUCUCUCUUUUUUAUUUUUGAAAUCUCUUUUUUUUAUUGUGCUAAGACUGGAUGGACUUUGUGAGUUUACUUAGAUUCCCUUUCAUGUAUUUUGGAAAAACCUCGAAACCUUGAAAUAAUGUACUUUUACUCACUAUUAGCUAAAGAAAAAUAAAUUUUUACAAAGAAUAAUAAUGUAAGCAAAUUUCAAAAAAAGUCUUUCUUACUGGUCAUGAAUAUAAAUGCCAACAUUAAAGAGCUCUAAUGCCAUCUAAUGGCGAGGUAUGUCGAGGGUGCUGUUCAAUACUUGUCCGCUAAGAGGCGCUGAAGAGUCCAUCACAGCUAGCGUGGUCACGUGAUUUCACCUACAACGUGUCCGUUUCCCUUUGACGCGACGGUGGGAGACAUAAACACGCUUUAGCUGCGGAAAUAAAUAAUGUUAAGUUGCGUUCAUUGAAGCCAUCAUGUCAGAGAGGCACCGGGCGCUGCCUUCGUGGAUGGCGAAGAAAGAGGAGAAAGCGAAGGGGAAGGAGCCUCUGAAGAGCAGGAGAAAGCAGAAAGCUGCGAGGUCCGCUUUCUACUGUAUGAACGAGAAGGAGUUGGUAGAAGCUGCUCUUUCUUAUCUUACCAGCGGCGCCUCUGAGGAUGUUGUGCUCCUGACUCACCAACAGGUUAAAGAAAAGACAACAGAGGAGAAGAAGAGGGAGAAACCUGCCACUUCACAGGAAACAGUUAAACCUCGAAUAGAAACUUUAGUAGAGGAGUCCUCCGACUGCGGGGGCGACGACAUGGAGGCGACAUAUGUCUCAGAGACAGACUUGGACAUCACAGAGUUGGAAACUCUGCCGUACACCAAAAACUUGCAGGAUCCUGCAUCUGAGGGUCAGAGGUCAGGAGCUGUUCAGGAUCGUGGCAGACUAAUGAACAGUGAUGCCCAGGCUGAGAAAGUGAAGGAACCAGCUGAAGCAGGAGAGAAGGAGGACGACGACGACUCCUUACGGCUUGUACGGGAAAUUUUCUUCACGUGAUGACACUUUUUUUUUCUUAAUAAAACUCAAACCAUUCACAAAUACUAUUGCACUGAAA